AAGCCGUGCGUAAAUUGGGGUUGUGGUCCGCCGUGCAGAGUAGAAACUUUGUGAAGGGCGAGCGAGCGUCGCAGUGGGAUGAUUAGGAGCCACUUCCUUCCUUCGCCGGGGUACUAACAUGGAGUUAGAUUAUAAAUACGAGCAAAACAUUUUCUCAAACAAACAAGUCUAUAGACUGCUGGAACGCGCGAGAACUUAAAGGGGCACAACUGAAGUCCAAACAUGAAGGAUGUUACGAGGCUGUUUGUCGUCUUGUUGACUUUCCUGAUGGGAAGAGCCGGCGGGAUGGAGCCGGAUAGCGGUUACUGCAUCGGGAACCAGUGUUUCACUGUGUACCAAGCCCAUCAUGAUUACAUGUCGGCGCAGAAUCAAUGCGGAGAUGAUCGAGGUCACUUAAUGACAGUGCGCUCGACUGUAGCCCGAGAUGUUCUUUCUAUCUUGUUGGGGAACUCUGUGGGUCGGUUCUGGAUCGGUUUGCAUCGAACAUCCGGGUGUCCGGACGAUGCAACUCCGCUGAAAGGCUUCCAGUGGGUAACCAAAGACACAGAAAGUGACUAUACCAACUGGGCGCCAGGAUUCGACAGCAGCUGCUUUUCUCAUCGCUGCGUCUCAGUUUCUAAAGUGGACGACUUCAAAUGGAGCCAGGAGCCGUGUGACGAACAAGCAGCAGGCUUUCUCUGUGAGCACACCUUCACUCAGAUGUGCAAAAGUCUAGAUGCUGAAGUAGGUGAAACCGUAACCUACACGACCCCCCUGCGGUUUGCAGGGGAGGAUCUGCUGUCUUUGCCGCCUGGAAGCACCGCUAUCCGGGUGCCGGGUGAGACUAAAUACGUCUGCGUCGAAAAGCAGUGGCUGCAGGCGCCCUGGAACUGCGAGAUAUUUGAAGGUGGGUGUGAGUACAAAUGCGCAGAAGACUCAAAUCAUGCGCCCUCGUGCUACUGCCCAGCGGGACAAACCGUCAACCCUGCAAAUAAAGUCACCUGCGAGGUGAUCCCAGAUGAUCCGUGCGUGUCCCUGCGCUGUGCGCACGCCUGCGUCCAGAAGGGAGUCUCCUACGAGUGCUUUUGUGACCACGGCUUUCAGCUGGCUCAGGACGGCAGGUCGUGCGUGGACUUUAACGACUGCACGGACAAGAGGCUUUGUCCCGGAGAGAACUUCAUGUGCCUGAACACGGUCGGCGGGUUUGAGUGCGUCUGCAAGGGUGGAUUUAGGUUGAUCGACGGCAAGUGCGUCGACGUGGAUGAGUGCGUAUCAGCGCCAUGUGAGCACAUUUGUGAAAACAGUCCCGGCAGCUACACGUGCUCCUGUUAUGACGGAUAUAAGGAGGACCCAGAGUCACCGAAUAACUGUAAACUCCACUGCGGGAAGACGGAAUGCGUCGCCGAGUGCGACCCAAAUGACAGGUACCAGUGUUUCUGCCCUGAUGGUUAUGUAUCAGAGGAAAGAGAACACGAGACGGUUUGCAUUGACAUAGAUGAGUGCUCUUCCAAUUAUUGUGAUCAGGACUGCAAAAACACAUUCGGCAGCUACGUGUGCUCAUGCUCUCCAGGAUACACACUGGUUAAUCAGGACAAGUGCGAAAAGAUCGAUGAUGAUUCGGACGGAGAUGGAGGCUCUGGAGCAACCACGACUUCGACCACCCCCUACGACACACCACCUGUGCCAAACCCAGGUCCAACAAGGAAACCCUCAGCCGUGACAGUGGGGGCUUUCGUGGGGAUAAUAGUGUGCACUGUGUUUUUUGUGGUCUUGGUGGUUUUUCUGGUUCAUCACCUCCUCUGCAGCAGAGGGAAGAUGGAGAGCGCCGCUGCGCUCAAAGUGACGGAGGAAGAGGCGCACGGUUUGCACAACGUGAAGAGUGACACUUAGAAUAAAAUAAAAGCACAGAGAGAGAGAGAGAGAGAGAGAGAGCACGACAUGUGAAUGUACAGGUGAAGCCUGGAGAGCAGACCUGCACAGACAGCUUUGGUCAGGUUUUUUUUAAGAUUUCACAGGAGAAACGUGGUGGUGCCACAACUCACACACAACAACAGAAAUAUUACACAAAUAUUACAGUUUACUCUGUGGAUGGAUAUUCACUGCCUUGGGAGACUUGGUUUUAAUCUGCCAUUCAGCUCACAUACAACAGAUGCAAUGUAACUAAACAAUGACAAAGAACUUUGUUCGUGGUGGAACAGUAUUAAAUUAUAUAAAUGUGAUGAACGAGA